AUUUGGCAAUAGUGCAUCUCGUAAAAUUAAUGCAACCGAUUUUUCGAGCCCAGAGGGCAAAGGGCGACAGAGAAUAAUAAUAAGAAACUUUUUUCGUUGACUGUUUUGGGUGCCGUUUUGUAUUUUGAGGUCUUUCAGUUAGUCGAUUUAGUUAUUAACUAUUUUCUUUAAUAUGCCUCAGCCGAAAUGGUACGGAAAAUCUCUUUCGGCAUUGUGCAUUGACAGUAUCGUCGAUAACAUGGAGAAAUGGACGGCAUUGCGUAGCUCGGAGGAUGUUUCCUGUCUUUUUUUUCAUCUGCGUGAGUGUCUAUAUAAAAUAGUUGAGUACAUGACUGAAUGUCUCUUGGAAGACUACUCGAUAACAGAGGACAUGUUUGAUUUGCUUUCAAGCCCACACAUGAAAGUUCUGGAUUUAUCAGAACUGGGCACUGGACGUGAUGCAGAAAGAAAUCUUCGCAUUGUUCGUCUAGCAUCUGACAGAUGUUUGCAACUCACUACACUGAAGAUUCAUGAUAACCCCCCAUUGCCCGUUGAAUUUUCCGAAGGACAGAGAAAUUUUGAAGUAGAAGAGUCUUUUGCUUGUAUUUUGCAGCGUUUUGAGUUCUUGCAAAUUCUUGAUUUAUCUUUCACAAUUUAUGGUGCAAGAAGCAUGCUCAAACUUGGAUCAAUCAAUCAACCAAAAAUAAGGGAGUUGCUAGUUGAUUACUGCCCUGGUGUGACCGAUACCGUAGUUGAAGUGUUUUGCAACGGUCAAAGUUCUCUUCAGAUAUUAUCAGUUAAUGGAACGGAAGUGACUCAUUCCGGAAUUCGAUUUGCUAUCGAACAUUUACCAGAGCUGAAAGAUUUAGAAUGCGACAAUGAGUCUGUUAUCCUCAAAGCUUUUCGUAGAAUUCGUAAAGAAACCGCAAAAAAAUAUUCUUUGAACAAGUGGAUGUGGAAUCCGCCAGACGAAGUCUCCUAUAAAAAAGGCAGCGUUUCAUUGAUGGUUGACAUGUGUCCGUCGCUUGUUGAUGUUUUCAUACAAGUAGACGAAGGAUUUACCGAUGAGGAGUUAUUAGGUUUUCGAAAACUUAAACAACUAAAAAAUUUCGAAAUUCAGACAUCACCCUAUCUACCGUCAAUCAUCUCUAUUCGUGGCGGUGUAAUUCCUCUUCUACAAGCUCAUGGCCUUACACUUGAACAAUUAUAUUUAACGGUGGAAGUAACGAGUGAACAAGUCUUUGUCAUCAUCGAGAGCUGCCCGAACAUUCACCGAUUGCUACUUUUUUUAGAAAGUACCGAUCUGGAAACUCCCGAACCGGUGGUAGAUAAUGGCGUCCACUCUUCUCUUUGUUCCUCAAAGGAAGUAAUUCCGUUAAGGAUGCUGGAAGAAAUCUCUCUGUCUUCUCAUUUUUCUCGAUUCGCUAUUUCUCGCAAACUCUUACUUUUUCUUUUGUUUUCCCCUGCUCUUACAGUGGUUUCCAUAGACGAGUGUUUCACUCUUGAUGACAAGAUCAUUGAGGAAGCUUGCGCUAGAAACAGUUUCAAGUAUUUGACCAAGUUAAAGUUUCGCGGUUGUUCUAAUGUGAGCCAGAAAGGCAUCGAUUUUUUUCUGAACGAAGCGAAUCCUUUGUCCGACAUUUAUUUAGAAGACUGUGGAAAUGUGAACCCUGAGCGUAUGAGAACCAUGGCUCAAGAGAAGCAUUGGAAUGUCAAGUGGAAUGUUGAAGAUUAAGAGGUGAUUGCAGUAAGACAAUGCGAUCCAAUGUUUUUUUUUUAAACUUUCGUCGUUUUUUCUGCCCAAACACUUAUUUCCUUAUGUUUAUACUGUAUGCUUUCAUAAAAUCUUCACCUGAAACUCUCAUAAGAUUCUUUAUCUGGUGUACACGAGUCAAGGUUAAAUAGUCACGGAAUUCAAUAUG